AUGGGGAAGCUCUCUGAGAAUGAGCACGCAGAGGCAACCGACUCGGAUGGCUCGGAGAGUGCACAAGCAGGCGUCAAAAGGAUAGAAGCAGUGAGCACUGCGUGGACGAAAUGGUCGCUCAUUGCGGCAUACGCCGGCCUCUACCUCAUGGCCUUCGCCACAUCACUGGAGCAACAAACCACAAAUCUUUUAACUCAGUUUGCGACGUCAGCCUUUAGCGCACAUUCUUUAGUCUCCACGGUAACUGUGGUACAGUCGGUGGUCAAUUCCGUGAUUAAACCUCCAAUGGGAAAGGUCGCGGAUGUGUUUGGCCGUUUCGAAUCUUUCACCUUUGCAGUCUGCCUGUAUACCAUCGGUUACAUCCAGCAAGCAGCUUCCAACAACGUCAAAACCUACGCGUCUGCGCAGAUAUUCUAUUCUGCUGGAUCCCAAGGACUGCAAAUAUUGCAGCAAAUUUUUGUUGCAGACACCACGGACCUUUUGAACAGGGCUCUUUUCUCCACGAUUCCUGACAUUCCUUUUCUGAUAAACGUCUGGGUCGGCCCAGAAGUUGCGCAAAGUCUCUACACCAAAUGGCGCUGGGGAUAUGGCAUCUGGGCCAUUGUCCUGCCGACGGCUUUUCUGCCCCUUGCGCUUUCUCUGUUCUUGAAUGGACUGAAGGCGAAGAAGAUGGGUAUUCUUCCGUCUUCACCUUUUAAAGGCAAAAGUGUCUGGUUCAUGCUCAAAAACCUAUGGUUCGAGCUUGACUUUUUCGGACUCUUGCUACUCGCAGCGGCAGUGUCUUUGAUACUCAUACCGCUCACCCUGGCUUCAAAAGCGUCCGGAAAAUGGCGCAAUGGGAGCAUCAUCGCCAUGCUGGUGGUUGGAGUUGUAUGUCUUCUUGUUUUUCCGUUCUGGGAACGGAGCAAAAAACUGGCGCCUCGCGCAUUUUUCCCAAAGGACUUGAUACGAGACAGGACGGUGCUGGCUGGCAUUACAAUUGCCUUUUUCUACUUCAUGGCUUUUUACCUUUCUGUCUACCCUUACUUCAACUCCUACCUGUUGGUCGUCCAGGGCAAAUCCGUGGUUGCGGCAGGUCACAUAACGCAGACCUUCACUUUUACUUCGACGGUUGCGUCAAUCGUGGUCUCGCUGCUCAUCAAGUACACCGGGCAUUAUAAAUAUUUUGUUACCUUAGGAUCUAGUAUCUAUCUUUUGGGCCUUGGUCUCAUGUACCGUUACCGCCGGAUUGGCGUCUCAACGGCGACGCUAGUGGGUUGCCAAAUUGUCAUGGGGAUUGGAGGAGGUUGUCUGAACGUGCCGGCGCAACUAGGUGUCCAGGCAUCGGCCAGCCAUCAAGAAGUGGCGGCAGCCACGGCGGUUUUCCUGACGGUUCUGGAGAUUGGCGGGGCCGUCGGCUCAGCGAUUUCGGGUGCCAUUUGGACGAACAUACUUCCCGGGAAACUGGAGAGAUAUCUGCCGGCGGACAUCAAGAACCAAGCCUCGGCAAUUUACGGUAAUGUUACACUGGCGUCUACGGGAUGGGCUGGGCAAAGUCCAGAAAGAGACGCAAUCAUCCGAGCGUAUCAGGAGACCAUGACCACGAUCCUGAUUGCCGGCGUAUGCGCAGCCGCGCCGCUGGUUCCGCUGAGCCUGUUUAUGAAAAACUACAGACUGGAGAAGAUGGACCAAAACGUCAAGGGACGGGUGAUCGGUGGAGGAGGAGGAGGAGCAGCAGGCAACGGGGAUGCGGAGACGGGGAAGCGUCGGGCGUGGUUGAUGAUGAGGCGGAGAAGGCGAGGGA